AUGCAACUUAAAGCAGCAUUUCAAAAUUAUGAAAGUCUUCGCCGUGUAUAUGAUUCAAAAAUUAUUGAAAUGGCUAUGCAACGUGGUUUUUAUAUGACACCUGAACAAUGGCCACUAUUAUUAUAUGGAUAUACAACACAUGUAUCAAUUAUAGAUCCAAUAAUUGAUAAAUUAUUAACAAAAACAUCAUUUCAAACAGCUAUUCAACAAUAUCAACCCAUGUUGUGA